UAUAGAGAUAGAAUGGAUGAGCGAGAAAAUGAUAUAGAAAUAGAAAGAGAACGCUGCAUAGAGACUCUUUGUGUCUUUGUCUAAUAACUAAUAACACAUGACAUGAUUCAUACAAUCAAAUAUAUAAAUGGGCGAUAACACACAUAUUAUAUAUAGGUGUAUGUAUAUAUAUAUAUAUAUAUAGGUGUACAAGAGGAGUCUCUGUAUAUCUUACUUUUCUCAUAUCGCAUCUACUUAGAUACAUGGUAACAUAUGACUAUCUUUAUUGUAUCUCUAUGGCGAGCAUUUCAUUUCCUUUCUGCUUAUACACAUGUAUAUACAUAUAGCUUCAUACGUGUUUCGUGUGGUAGAGGAUGUCCUCAUUUUAAGACUAAAAUUCUCGUAUUAGCCGCAUAGCGGUGUUACCGGUUUAACAACCACCUGUGAGGGUUAAAUCAUAGAACGCUUAUUUUUUUGUGUAACUUUUACACACAUCUAGUCGGUCUAUCAUUCUCAAAUUUUCUACUUUAGUCACGUGCCUCACUGCCCCAGUCAUUCUAAUUCGUUCCUCGCUCAAUCAGCUGCGAACGUAAAAAAAGCUAGAAGCGCAAAAAAGAACCAAGCGUGCGCAUUCGCAUUCGCCCAUCACUUAUCAAUUAUCAGAGUCAUGCAAGAAGUAGGGAGAGAGAAGACAGGCGAGUAGAAAUAGAGAGAAAUUUAUGUAUACAUACGAUUGUGAUUUGCGAUUAUGAAAAAAAAUUAUGAUAAAGAUGUCUCCCGUGUGCGUUGUGCCGAAUUGCAAAAGUGACUCUAACUGCCGCAAAAAGUAUUCGUUAUUUAAAACACCCAAAAAUCUGGAAUUAAGAAAGAAAUGGGAGAAGGCCAUUCCUGGAGUAACAGAACUAAAACAACGGCAACUGAUAUGUGAAAAACAUUUUAAAUAUGAAUAUAUAAUAAAAAAGUUCGUUCAAAGAGAUUAUUGUGGCAACAUCAUUUCUGAGUAAUUUAAAUGCAUCUUCAAUUGUUGAAGAAAAAGAACAUAAAUUACCUUUGAGUUCAAGUAUAAAUACUCUUGAAGAAGAACUAUAUCCCAAAG